UUUAUAUGUCCUAUAUAACCCCUCAUAACACGAUCCGCGCACGGACUUUACCAUUAUUAUGACUGCAACAUGCGGGAAAAUGGGUCUUUGCAAGAAAAAUAUUUUUUUAUACUUCCUGUUUAUUUCAAACUGCUAUGCACUGAAUUGCCGUUCCGAACGUCGUACAAAAGAGGACGAAUUUAAAAGAGUUUUCAAUAAUUGUCUAAAACAACUUGAAAGAAAUAGCAGUCACCGUUCUUCAGAAGAUUGGAACGAUCGAGAGUAUAAUCAAAGAAAUCAAUGGGAUAGAGGCAACAAUAACGACAACAGAGAUAACAGGAUGGGGAAUAGAGACGGAAUGGGAGAGAGAGGCAGAAAUUGGAAUAACAGAGAUGGUGAAAAUGAAAGAUACGAUAGAAAGCAACAUAGAGAAAAUGCGAAUGACAACGGUUCUAAUAGAAUGGAUGACAGAUAUAAUCGAACGAGUGGUAGAAAUAACUGGGGUAAUAUAAAUGGAGGCGAUAGUGAGAAUGGUAAAGGCAUAAACAGAAUGAUGAACAAUCAUGCUAGAAAUGAACAAAUAAGCGGACGAGAUGAGUUUUUGCAGAAUGAAGAUUUUAGCGGAGAGAUGACAACAAUACGACACCAAAAUCACUAUCCAUCACAAUCCUCUAGAAGAUACAGAAGAGAAAAGCGAGUAGAAAUGAACUCUGGGCAGAGAAGUCAAUACAAUCCACAUUCUCAAAAAUCGAAUAGUGAAAGUAAUCAUUCUGAAAAAAGGAAUUCGAGUGACAAUUCCACUAAAGAGAUGGAAAGAGCUUGCGUGCUGCACUGUUUUUUGGAAAAUUUACAUAUGACCGACGAUAGUGGAAUGCCCGACAGGUAUCUAGUGACGCAUGCUUUCAUAAAAGACGAGAAAAAUGAAGAUUUACAAGACUUUAUACAAGAAUCGAUUGAAGAAUGUUUUCAAAUAUUGGAUAACGAAAAUGCAGAAGAUAAAUGCGAAUUUUCUAAAAAUUUAUUGACUUGCUUAUCAGAAAAAGGACGAGCCAACUGUGACAAUUGGAAUGAAAAAACGGGAUUCCUCUUCGAUUAAUUGAACUCAAG